AUGGCAAAGAAUCCUCCAGAGAACUGUGAGGACUGUCACAUUCUAAAUGCAGAAGCUUUUAAAUCCAAGAAGAUAUGCAAAUUACUUAAGAUUUGUGGAUUGGUAUUUGGUAUCCUCGCCUUAACUCUAAUUGUCCUGUUUUGGGGGAGUAAGCACUUCUGGCCUGAGACACCCAAAAAAACAUAUGACAUGGAGCACACUUUCUACAGCAAUGGAGAGAAGAAGAAGAUUUACAUGGAAAUUGAUCCCAUUACCAGAACUGAAAUAUUCAGAAGUGGAAAUGGCACUGAUGAAACAUUGGAAGUACAUGACUUUAAAAAUGGAUACACUGGCAUUUACUUUGUAGGUCUUCAAAAAUGCUUCAUCAAAACUCAGAUUAAAGUGAUUCCUGAAUUUUCUGAACCAGAGGAAGAAAUAGAUGAGAAUGAAGAAAUUACCACAACUUUCUUCGAACAGUCAGUGAUUUGGGUCCCAGCAGAAAAACCUAUUGAAAACCGAGACUUUCUUAAAAAUUCCAAAAUUCUGGAGAUUUGUGAUAAUGUGACCAUGUAUUGGAUCAAUCCUACUCUAAUAGCAGUUUCAGAGUUACAAGACUUUGAGGAGGAUGGUGAAGACCUUCACUUUCCUACCAGUGAAAAAAAAGGCAUUGAACAAAAUGAGCAGUGGGUGGUCCCUCAAGUGAAGGUGGAGAAGACCCGUCACGCCAGACAAGCAGCAAGUGAGGAAGAACUCCCAAUCAAUGACUAUACUGAAAAUGGAAUAGAAUUCGACUCCAUGCUGGAUGAGAGAGGUUACUGUUGCAUUUACUGCCGUCGAGGCAACCGCUACUGUCGCCGCGUCUGUGAACCUUUACUAGGUUACUACCCAUAUCCAUAUUGCUACCAAGGAGGGCGGGUUAUCUGUCGUGUCAUCAUGCCAUGCAACUGGUGGGUGGCUCGCAUGCUAGGGAGGGUUUAA